AUGUUUCUUUCCGGAAGGUUUGCAGUCAAAUGGAUAACCUUGCUGAUAGCGUGCUUGAUCAGUGUUGGAAGCUGUUAUGAUGUGGAUGUGCAGCAAUUUAAAGACUCCGGAUUUCAAAUCGGUCCAAAAUUUGUCGGAGUUACCAUCGAUUCCGGUAUAUUCGGACAUUUUUCAGAGCUGCAAUUGCAGAACCCUAAAGUGCUGACUCUUGCUAAAGGGUUAACCCCUAAUAGAGUGCGUGUUGGCGGUACUGACUGUGAUUUUGUUAUUUUCAAUGAUACAGUAACUAGUGGUUUAAAUAAACAGGGUGAUCAUACUAAUACUUCCAUGACUGUUGCUGAUUGGGACGAACUGAACAAUUUUGUGAGGAGUGUUGGUUGGGAUUUGAUUUUUGAUUUUAACGAGUUUCUGCGGAAGGGAGACAACUGGGAUCCUACCAAUGCCAUAGAAAUCCUGAAAUACUCACAACAGAAGGGAUAUAAACUGUGGGGAUAUGAGCUAGGAAAUGAAUUGGAUGUAUUUCCAGAGAAUAAUCUAUCUGUUCCACAGAUCGCAGCUGAUUUCAUUUCCUUCAGACAGCUGUUAGAAAGUAUGGCCGGAAUAUCCCCCUUUACCCUACUCGGACCAGACGCUGGAUCUGUGGGCAAUAGAUCCUAUGUUUAUAUGACGGCGUUCUUUAAAGCUGGUGGAGCUAAUGCUAUCGACGUCUCAACUUGGCAUCAUUACUAUAUGAACAGUCUAAAAGCAACAGUUGAGAAAUUCCACGACGUCAAGACUCUGGAAUCGCUAAGACCAGAAUUAAAUAAAGUUAUGGAAAUCUGUAGAGAAUAUGCUCCAGGAAAAGAGGUUUGGUUGGGAGAAACAUCUUCGUCUUAUGGUGGUGGAGCUCAUGACAUAUCUGAUAGAUACGUCGCUAGUUUCUUAUGGUUAGAUAAGCUCGGCCUGGCAUCAUCUCUGGGAAUUCAAGGUAUACUACGACAGACGUUUUAUGGUGGAAACUAUGCUUUAAUGGGAUCUACAUUUGAUCCCAAUCCGGUAAGCUAA